UUUUGCAGUUGCUAUUGUUCCAUUUCCGAUAAGAUUUUUCAGUAAUUGCCAAUCUGAUUCUCGAUUUUGUCGAUUAUGGAGCAAACGAUACAACUCGACUUGGAAACGAUUGAAAAUUUUUACUCCAAUGAGUACUUUAAGGUCUGCAAAAUUCUCAACUGCAUGGCUGGUCUGUGGCCCUACAAGGGCUACAUGGACAAAUUGUUGCGCAGAGUCAUCGUGUCUAUCGUCAUUUUGGGAAUUCUCUUUGUACCUUACCUUAGAGGAGUAAAGAAGUGGUGCGGUAAAAAUUUGGCCGCCUGCUCCGAAGACAUAGCCGGCACGGUGUUCGCUUCCGGCGUCUUUCUCAAGUACCUCGUGACUUUCAUCAACGAGAAAAAGCUCAUCCAGGUGUACGAGGAAGUGGCGCGCAAUCACCUGGCCCUCGACGAUCCCGCCGAGCAAGCCAUCAUGGCCAAGUGGAGCAUGGACGGCAAAAUCAAGUAUAUGGGCUACCUGGGCUACCUGACCCUGGCCGGGGUCAGCUUCAGUCAGAUGAUCAUCGUGCCGCAGAUGCUGGACUUGGUGGUGCCGCUCAACGAGUCGCGUCAGAGAGUCACCAUUACCAUGGCCGACUUUGGCAUCGAUUCCGACCAGUACUUUUACACCAUCUACGUGACUUACUGCGUCGUGUCGGUGGUCAGCUUCUUCGUUUUGACCUCCAUCGACACCAUGUACACGGCCAUAAUCCAUCAGAUUCUUGGCAUUUUCAAUGUCGUCAAGUACCGCUUGCUCAACGUUCAAACUGCAAACUUUGGCCUGAACAAAGGCAACGACAAGACCGGCAGAGACAUCAGCAGCCUUAACGUCAUCUCCGCUAUACGAUUACAUCACAAAUCUCUGCAAUUUAUCGAUUUGAUCGAAUCAACUUAUCGAUACUGCUUUCUAAUUCUCAUCUUCAUCUGCGUCAUAUUCCUCUCAUUCGGCAGCAUAACGGUGCUCGAAGCCGUGAACGAGCUGUACAAUUUUCUGCGACUAGGAAUCGUAUUAUUCGGAGUAGCCGUGCAUCUGUUUUACCUAAGCUGGCCGGGCCAGCUGGUCAUCGAUGAGAGUUCCGACGUGUUUCGCGCGACCUACGAGAGCACCUGGUACGACAUGCCCAAGAGAACCCAAGUUUUGAUUGAUAUCAUGAUGAUGCGAUGUCGUCAACCCUGCUCUCUCACCGCCGGCGGUCUCUACGUCAUGAGUUUUGAAAAUUAUGGAAAAAUUAUCAAAACCACUGGAUCUUACAUUACGGUAUUGGCCUCUUUUCGAGGCUAAAUCAACACAACGAAUUCCGUUGAAUCGCAUCAACAUGGAAGCAUUUAUUGUAC